GCACGGUCGCAGUUACUUGUUGUACAGCAAAAGGAUCAACUUUAGAGGCAGAGAAAACCCAUCGCAAAACGCAGAGCUAGAAACGCAACACGUCUGCCAGCAAAACAGUCCACUUUUGAAGCUUGGCAGUAGGACUGGAAUCUUGCCGGUAACUUCCAAGAUUUUCGAUCUGUUAGAUCUGUUUUUAGAUUGGGAAGAACUCUGCAUCGUUUCUCAAGAGUGACGUUGGCUUGCAGGGAACCACCAUGGCCCGCUGGGCAGUACUGCUUCAGUUAUGCUUGGUGAUGUACUUAGGAAGUCGGUUAUGUGUUGCCCAAAAUACGACCGAAUCGGCAACUACAGAGGAGGACUUCACCUCAAACGCUGCUACGAAUGCACAAACCACGACGGAUGCAACCACCCUAACAACGGUGACAGGGGAGAUCCCUUCAACGGCAGAAACAGCACCAACUGCACCUCGAACUACACCAAUACCACCGACGCCAACCUCCUCACAAGCAAGUGGCAGCCAGCAGCCACCAACAGCUGAUGACUCGUCUCUAAGUGAAGCACAACGCCUACUGCUUGAAAGGGAACUCGACAUCUUUCAUUAUGAAGAGAGAGAAUAUGAAGGAUAUGAUGGUUGGUACAAUAACAUGGCACAUCCUGACUGGGGAGGCGCAGAGCUUCCUUUGACAAGACGUCUCCCAGUUGCCUAUAGUGACGGGGUUUAUGCCAUGGCUGGAAAAGAUAGACCCAACCCCAUAAAGAUCAGCGAGGCUGUCAUGCGAGGAGCAACAGGAAAACCAUCCUUUCUCAACCGCACUGCAUUCAUGACUUUCUUUGGACAACAAGUUGUAGAAGAGAUCUUAGAUGCUCAACGUGCUGGCUGCCCUCCAGAAUAUGAAAACAUUGACAUACCCGAAGACCAUGAAUACAGAGAGAUGACCAAGGAUAAUGUACCUCAUGGUGAAGUGAAAUAUAUUCCAUUCCUUCGAACUCGCUACAGUUUCAACACUGGGUUCUCACCCAAUGUCCCCAGAGAACAGUUGAAUGAAAUCACACCAUGGAUUGAUGGUGGACUGGUGUAUGGAACAACUAAGGCAUGGGCAGAUGCAUUACGUUCAUUUGAAGGUGGUCGUCUUGCUGAUAAUAGCAUGAAUGUUGAAGGAGAGGAAGGCUUCCCCGAGGAGAACACCCUAGGUUUGCCAAUGGCUAACCCUCCAGCGCCUGCAGAUGCCGUGCUCAAAGAUGCCAAGAGAUUCUUUAAGCUGGGAAAUCCCCGAGGCAAUGAAAACCCUUUCCUUCUGACCUUUGGCAUUCUGUGGUUCCGCUGGCAUAACUACUGGGCUGACAAGAUUUUCAAUGAGACAAUGCAUGAAAGAGAGGAAUGGAAUGACGAGAAGAUCUUCAAUGAGGCCCGUAAAUGGGUUAUUGCCACGUAUCAGAAAAUGGUGUACUAUGACUGGCUACCUGGUUACUUGAACCUGAAUGAUGCAGAACAAGAAGCAGUUAAAUACGAAGGAUAUAAGAGUUAUGUACAUCCUGGUAUAACUCAUGAGUUUCAGUCUGCUGCUAUGCGAUUCGGCCACACUCUGGUGCCUCCUGGUGUUUACCGAAGGAAUGCUGACUGUGUUUUCCAUAAUACAACUUUGAUGUCAAGCCUAGCACCUGAUAGAGAGGGCCACCAUGGUAUAAGAACAUGCAAUUCAUUCUGGAACCCACAGCUUCCAAUCAGGGAACAUGACAUUGAAGAUUUCUUGAUGGGAAUGGCAUCACAGAUAACAGAGAGGGAAGAUAAUAUCGUCACCAUAGAUCUGCAAAGGCGUGUAUUUGGACCGCUGGAUUUCACACGUCGUGAUCUGAUGGCCCAAAAUAUUCAGCGAGGACGAGACCACGGUUUGCCGGACUACAACACAGCGCGCGUCUCUCUAGGGUUAGACAGAAUAGAAAACUUCACUGAUAUCAAUGCACUUAGGUUUGAUGGAGAUCAAACAGACAUUGAUGAAUCGAUCCUGAAUGCCCUAGGUACAGUUUAUGGUGGAGACAUUGACAAGGUUGACAUCUGGCCGGGUGGUCUUCUAGAAACUACAGCUAAUGGUCCAGGUCCACUCUUUAGGAAAAUUAUCUUGGAUCAGUUUGUAAGAACCCGUGAUGGAGACCGCUUCUGGUUUGAAAACGAACAAAAUGGAUUAUUCUCCAAGGAACAGAUUGAUUACAUUAAAAAUAACAUCACUGUGUUUGACGUGAUCACACUUUGCACCAAAAUAACUGAAAAUGACAUACAACGAGAUGUCUUCCAUUUCACCGAAGGUGACAAAUGCUGGGAUAAUCACCCCAAUGUAAAUCGUGCCAUUGAUGAAAAUGAUAUGGAGAACUGUACUGAUCUAAACACCUUUGACUACUUUGAAGGGAGUGAGGUAUCCUACGCUCUAUCAUUCCUUGCACUGGGCCUCUUCAUUGUCAUGGUGGUUGUCAUGUUAUUUGUGUGUGCAAAUCGUCGCAAGAAAGUUGUUGAGCAGACACGCAAGGCAGAACGUCAAAAGACACGAAAGGGUCAAGGUCCUGAAAAUCUUAAGAAGUUCACAACUCUUGAAUGGUGUGGCUUCAAGUCAGGUACCAGACCAAUCCAGGUUGCUCUUGGACCAGGUAAACUUAUAAAGGUAUCCAACGAGCGUGGGAACAAGCUCUACCGCACCAUCGACCUAAACCACCAACAGAAGAUCUUGUUCUGCGUUGCCCCAGACCGCAAACGGCGAUACUUGCUCCUGCAACUGGAACGAGAGUAUGACUUAGUUGUGAAGUUUGAUGAAGAAGACAGCCGCACAGAGUUUAUUAGUGAAUUGGAGAGUUUCCUUGGAAGUGGAGAGGUUGGCCUUGGAAUGGAGCGGCGUGAGAUUCGUGAGAAUGAGCUUUUGAAGAUGGCCAUAACUAAAGAGCAUAGACAGAAGACUAUUGAACGUUUCUUUCGAGUGGCCUUUGCUCAGGCCUUCAACCAAUCUGUUGACUCGGCUGAUCUGACUGACCAAGGCAAUGAUGAUGCCAAGGAAGUUCUCAACAACGAACUGAGCAAGACAGAGUUUGCUGAGAUGCUCUCCAUGGCUCCUGACUCCCUCUUUGUUGAGCAGAUGUUUGAGUUGGUUGACAAGGACCAUAGCGGAUCUCUGUCCUUUCGUGAAUUCUUGGAUGUUAUUGUCAUAUUUGCUAAAGGCAAGCCUGAAGAUAAGUUGGCUCUGAUGUUCAACAUGUACGAUAUUGAUCGCUCUGGGCAUCUUUCUCGUGAUGAGUUCAAGAUGAUGCUAAAGUCCAUGAUGGAGACCGUGAGUGCAUCUCUUGAACAGCAACAACUUGAGGAUGUCAUCUCAUCCAUGUUCAAGGCAGCUGGGUUUGAGAAUAAGGAAGAUCUUUCCCUUGAUGAUUUCAUCAGGCUGAUGGGAGAUCACAAGGAAGAACUCAGCCAAGCAGCUCUCACUGUACAAGGAGCUGAUGUACCCGAGGCUGCCCAACCUCUUGAUCGUGGAGCUACUAUCAUUAAGCGUGAGAAUGCUCCAUCUCGUGCUCGUAAGACAAUUGUCAAAGCAUAUGCUGACAAAGACCAACAGCGUCCUAUGACUGCUAAACGAUACCAGUCUAAGGUAGUGAAAAUUGAGACAGAAAAGAAGACCUACACUGAGAGUCGGACACAGCGUAAAGUCAACACCUUCAUACGUUACAUUGAGAACAACCGACUUAGCAUCUUCUACUUGGUCCUCUACAUGCUGGUCUUGGCUGGCGUCUUCAUUGAGCGUGCCUACUAUUACUCUGUUGAGCGUGAACAUGCAGGCCUACGACGCAUUGCUGGCUAUGGUGUAACAGUGACUCGAGGUGCAGCUAGUGCUAUGAUGUUCACCUACUCCACUAUCCUGGUAACCAUGUGCCGCAAUACCAUCACGUUCCUUCGUAGUACCUUCCUCCAUCGCUACGUACCCUUUGACGGUGCCCUGGCCUUCCACAAGAUUGUCGCUUGGACUGCCCUAGCAUUCUCGUUGUUGCACACUGUUGGUCAUGCCAUCAACUUCUACCACAUCUCGACCCAGACUGCCAAUGAUUUGACGUGUCUCUUUCGGGAUUUCUUCCACAGGUCUCAUGAACUUCCCAAGUUUCACUUCUGGGCCUACCGUACCAUCACUGGUUUCACAGGUAUUCUACUGGUUAUGGUGUGUGCCAUCAUGUACACCUUUGCCCUGCAGUUUGCCCGCCGUAAGGUCUUCAACCUGUUCUGGUUAACCCAUAAUCUGUACAUCCUGCUCUUUAUCUUGAUGGUCUUCCAUGGUAGUGGUAACCUCGUCCAACCCCCAUUCUUCUACUACUUCUUCCUUGGUCCCGUCAUCCUCUUCACUUUGGAUAAGCUGGUCAGUGUCAGCCGCAAGAAAGCAGAGAUUACGGUGGUGAAGGCAGAGUUGUUGCCCUCAAACGUGACAAUGUUGGAAUUCAAGCGCCCAACCACCUUUGAGUACAAGUCCGGCCAGUGGGUGCGUAUUGCUUGCAAGACUCUCAACUCCAGUGAAUACCAUCCUUUCACCUUAUCCUCUGCCCCCCAUGAAGAGAAUCUGUCCCUUCACAUCCGCGCUGUGGGACCAUGGACAACAAACCUGCGUCGUACCUUCGACCCUAAUGUGGUCAGAGAGCACCCCUACCCCAAGCUAUUCUUGGAUGGUCCCUAUGGUGAAGGGCACCAGGAUUGGUACCAGUUUGAGGUGUCCGUCUUAGUCGGUGGUGGUAUUGGAGUCACUCCAUUUGCUUCCAUCCUAAAAGAUUUGGUUGCUCGCUCAGCCCAAGGACAGAAAUUCACCUGCAAGAAGGUAUACUUCAUCUGGGUGACCCGUACCCAGAAGCAGUUUGAAUGGCUUACCGAUAUUAUCCGUGAUAUUGAAGACAAGGAUGUCAACAGUCUUGUCAACGUUCACAUUUUCAUCACCCAGUUCUUCCAAAAGUUUGAUCUGCGUACCACCAUGCUGUACAUCUGUGAACGUCAUUUCCAGAAGAUCUCUGAGCGUUCCCUUUUCACCGGACUGCGUUCCAUUACUCACUUUGGUCGCCCUCAGUUUGAGCCUUUCUUGCAGUCACUACAAGAUGAGCAUCCCACGGUGAACAAGAUCGGUGUCUUCAGCUGUGGUCCUCCAGGAAUGACUAACAAUGUGGAGAAAGCUUGCACUGAACUAAACAAGUAUGAUGGAGCUGCAUUCCUCCAUCACUACGAGAACUUCUAAAUCAGACCUUUAUACCUUCUGCCUCCCUAAUGAUGGGGUAGUAUGACCUAACACAUUAAGUGGCUAUUAUUGCUUCAUUGUACAUGAAAGAGAAGGGUUUAUAUUUUGAUACACCGUGCAAGUUAUAGCUGAAACAGCAUAUUUUUUAGAACAUAGUUUGAUUGGAUUUGAUAAGGUUUUGGAAUCAGUAAUGUUGUAACACAAAAUAAAUGUCCCUGCUUGUUAUUUGUUGCGAGCCAGGUUAAAAAGAUGUUAUUUUUCUAGAAAAUAGUUUGUACUGGAAUUGAUGACAUAGUAUUUGCUUUCAACAAAUAUAACAAUAAUAUGAGCCAUUUUGCUAUAUACACAGUUUUAUAUAUUUUUGUAAAGAUGGAGUUAUGAAUGUUUUUAGAUAUGAUACACAUUUUAAUCAAGCUAUACUAACAAUGCACAUAUCAAAUGUAAGAGGAGGUUUAUUGCUUCAUGAAUGCAGUCGGAACAAUAUGUUGGACUAUCAACAUUUGGUGACUUUAUAAACUUUAUCAGGUAAAACAGCAUAUUUCAGUGUCUGGAUUAUCAUUAAUUGAGAUAAGCAUUUGCCUGAACAAAGAGUACAAAAAUGUCGGACCUAAGUGUAUGCAAGUCAAUUUCCUAAAAUAAACAAUCAUUAUGAUUGUUAUACAAAGAAAACCUAAACCAAGAAAACGACUUCAGAAUCGAGUACUAUUUUUUUUAAAUAUAAAUUUAGAAUAAGCUUGUAGUUAGAUAAUUGUAAAAAGCAGCAGAAUAGAUAUGAUGAUUCCAAUGCAUCUUUCCUGUCCAGAAUGUAUUGGUGGCACAUACUGUAAAUGUUGCUCUCUUCUCUGGUAAAUACAAAGUGUGUAUAGAAACAUGUCAUUGGAGUAUGUGUGAAGAUUUGCCUGAUAAACCCAACAUGAAACGAAUCAAGCAUUGUUACAUUGCAUGAGGGGUUCGGAUCAGAAUUGGACAUCGUGACUGUGUAUGGUUCGUAUGAAACGGAAAUGAUGAGUAGCAAGGUGCAAGAGAUGUUAUACCAUUUGCCAUCUAAUGAAAUGCGGUGACAUAAUGUUUUACCAUUUGGAGACAACAUUUAAAUGUUUUAAAUACCAGAAUGAGUUAUCUUGUUAGUUUAUGAGUGCUCAUUUCAUUCUCAUCAGCAGCCAAAUGUCUAAUGGUAAUCGCAAAGUUUAUAAAAAAGCCUAUGGUAAUGGUUUUAAAAUAAUAUGAUCUUGUAUUUGCAGAACCACUUGAAAUCUGGUUGUUAUCCACAUGAUAGAGUUUGUUUUAUUCGUGACGUUCUCAUAAAUGUACGUGAAGUUGACGACGGGUUUGGUGCACAAAGCAGACAACUCAUAUUGUGUCAAUAUUUAAGCGCAAUUGUUCAUUCUUCUUACCAUUUAUUUCCAUUCAGAAUCCAGUUGAAUUAAUCGGUAAACAAGAAAUGUUUUUUCUUUCACAAGAGUUUGCAACGGAGUCUAUAACUCCAAAUAUGGUUCUCCUAUUUUCAGCCAAUACAGAAGAAAUAUUUGUAGUUGAACAGUUCCAAGAAUUUAACAAAUUCCACAAAACGGAUUUUUAUCAUUUAGCAACAUAUUUAAUGUGAUUGUAAACAAAAUUGUAAAAUAUUUUUAAGAUGACAGAACCGAAGGGCUUCCGAAUUAAUGAGUAGUUUAGAAUAAUUAUAAAGCAGAUUGACAAUUAAUUCCCAUAGUGAUUAUUUUCCGAAUAAGUAAAUUCUUUUCAUACCAGGCGUGUGUUAGUUUGAGGAAGCAAAAAACUGUUAAACUUUUUAUAAUCUUUCAAGACGUAGGCAAAUAAUUUGGAUGUCUUAAAUCAAUCCUGCAAUAUUUGGGUAUGAUUGCUUUUGUAACACCAUAACUAAGUGCUCUGUUCAAACCGCCUCUCCAAACCGACAGGAGCAUUGUCAACAAUGUAGCAAGAUUCAACAUUAUGUGACAAUUAUAUGUAUGCGUUAGGAAAUGUUUCUUAUUUCCCUAUGACUUUUCUUUGAUGUUUAUGUAAUAAAUAUUGUUUUGAUUUCUAGUAAAACAUAAUGUUUGAUGUAAUAUUGAUGUGUGUAAUUUCUCUUAACUUAGGUUGCGGGUGCUGUACUUUAUUGUGCAGUAAUAAAUGUCUCAUGGUUAUACUAA